AUGUUGUUCCUAGCACGCAAGCAUCUGCUUGCGAGCAAUCUCAUCUGUCUGCUGAUGAUUUAUAUCAUGCGCAAGUGCUUGCAACUGUUUUGCAUUAUUGAGAACAAGGCCUGCUCGGGCGCCGAUUGCAACUGCGAGCCGGGCCAGAAGGAUUGCCAGCAGGAGCAGCAGCGGCAGCGUCAAGUGCUGUUGGACUCGCCGGAGUUGCAGCGUCGUGGCGGCUUCAAGUUCAUACCGGAUGCCAUGCGCAAGACUAUGCAUGGCUUUGGCUAUGGCGAGGGCCACUUUCAGAUCUUUGUGGAGAAGAAGGAGCGCAUACUGCCCACCAAUGCGCGCCUCAAUGCCGCGAGCGCUGAACUUAAACUCAAUCCCAAUUAG